UGACACUAAUUUGGCUAAGUUAGCAGCCCUGUCCUCUAGUCCUCAGGGUACCGAUGCUGUGAAACAGUGGAAUGAUAUGUUCCUAAAUACCUUGCAUGAGAAGGACAGCCAGCUUCUAGAACAGGGCUUCGUCAUAACGAGAUUCCUUGAAGACAUUCGAGUGAAGGAGAAGGAGAUGACUGAACUGCAGGUAACCAAGUCGAGGCUCGAAAGGACACUUGGUGAUUACACAGUAGCUGCCACAGCUCAGCAGAGGCAGUUGUUUAUAAUGGGUGCCAGCAAUAGAGAGCUUAACGAAACCGUGGAGCUCCUGAAUCAACAGUUGCAGGAACUGAGUGACCAGGUUGAGAGAUUAGAACAGGAUAGGAGUGCACUCAACAGACAUCUCACUGGAAGUGUAGAUUCCACAUCUAAAAUGGAGUUUGAUCUCCAACAGCUGGAAAAUACACUCUUAGACACAGAGUCCCAGCUACUCCUCUCGCAGUCUCACAGUGACAUGCUUCAGGUUGAUUCUGAGAAACAGGAGGCCAUUUCACUGCACCUGAAGUCACUACUGCAGAACAAAGAUGCAGAAAUCUCCUCUCUGCUGUCCUCCAGAGAUGGACAGAUGUCUGGGUAUCUAGAACAGCUGCAAGCCAAUCACCGUGCCCAGGUUGAAGGCUAUGAGGACAGACUAACUGCCUUGUACUAUGAAAGGGAGAAAGCUGACAAGGAGUUCAGAAGGCUGGAGAACAAAGUAAAAUCCCUUCAAAUGAAAGUUGACAAGUCCAUUCAGGAAAAGGAUAAAAUGGCUGCUCAGAUGGAAACAUUCAGGAACUCCAUGGUCUCCUUGCAGACAGAGAGAGAGCGUUUGAUGUCAGAAUAUAGGAUGUCUGAGGCAAGGAAUCAGACUGUAAUGCAAGGCAAGGAGGGGUCGGCUGAAGGAGACCUCAGUGCAACCAAGGGCCUUAAACACGAGAUUAGGACUCUCCUUCAUCAGAUGGAUGAUCUGAACUCUGAGAAUGCCAUGCUCAGGGCACAGCUGAUCAGAUAUAGAGAAGACUUGAAUCAGGUCCUGUCCUUGAAGGACAGCCAGUUGAAAGAGUUGCUCAGGAAGCAGCAAGAUGCCAUCAAAAACCUGGAAAACCAAAAAGCCACAGCUGAAAAGCAGAACCGGAAGACCCUUCUGGAACUCGAGAGGGAAGGACAGGCAAGCGAUGACUUAAAAGCUGCGAAUUCCAAACUUCAAACACAGGUCACUGAUCUGGAAGCUAACAUAUUGGCCCUGAAUAAGGGAUUGCAAGAAACGAAUAAAGGCAAAGUGAUUGCCGACUUGCAGCAUGCCGUGGCAGCCAAAGCUGCGGAAUGUAACGACCUCCAGCAAAAACUGUUUGCUCAGAAAGUGGCAGCGGAUGACUGGAAAGGCAGCCUGCAGCUCCUGGAGCGUGAGACUGAGAAGAAACUGGGAGAGGCAGAGGACAAGUACAACAGCGAGCUCGAUGCCUUUGAACAAGAAGUCGAACUGAUGAGAAACGAGAAGGAGACCGCUGACCAGAGGGUUGCUGAGCUGGCCAGGGACCUGAUGCAAACUGAGAAGCUGCUGUCCGAUGCUAGAGUCCAAAGCACGGACCUGAAGUCUCAGAACGAGUCACUGGGUAAAGCCAUGGCCGCCUUGCAGAACGACCGCGACCAGCUCAUCGAGGACUUCAAGAUCCUCCGGAACCGAUACGACGAGGAGCUCCGAGAGACCCAGGGGGCCUUGACCAAGGUGGAGAGACAUCUAGGCGACACGACCUCGGAGCUGGCCACCUUGGCCAAAGAGAGACACAUACUGGUACAGAAACUCUCUGCUCUAGAGAGCAAAGAUGCUCCCUCCCAGCUCACUUCACUGGUAGACGAGCUGUCUGUGGCCUUGUCAGAGAAGGAAGGGCAGCUCCAACGGGUUUCCCUGGAAAACGACACGUAUAGCAGUAAGGUAUCGGCUUUCUCUAGGUCCAUGGCCAGCCUCCAAGAUGACCGAGACCGGCUGAUGGAGGAGCUGGCUGGGGCAAAGAGGGCAUUCGAGUCCAGGCAAGGAUUAGGUCCAGAGGUUGUAGACAUCGCCAAUACAGGGGAGUCAAAUAGCCAUAGAAGCAGUGGUAUUCAGGCCCUUCAGACUGGGAGAGAUGGGCUGGAGACGAGACAGAGGAUGGAUGAGCUGCAGAGGGCCUUGCAGCAGGCACAGGCCUUCAAACUGCAGACUGAAGCAGCAGUCAGCGGGUACCAGGCAGAGCUGGCUGAACUGAGGUCUGAGAGUAGCAGGCUGCAGGCUGAGUGCCAGCGUCUGGCUGGGGAGAGGAAGGAGACCAUGGCCCUGGUGGGGAAGGAUGUGUCUGAUGACCCGUCACUGACCCAGCUCCAGGCGGAGAGAACUCAGCUGCAGAGUCACCUGCAGCGCUGCCUCUAUGAGAUCCAGCAGAGAGAUCUACACUGCCAGCAGCUCAACGCCAAGCUGCAGCAGGUGGUGGAGGAGAAAGGGGGUGUGUCGGCCCAGCUGAGGGCAGUGUCUCAGACGCUGAGAGACACCCAGAACCGCUGCUAUUGGCUGGAGAACCAGGCCCUGCCUAACCAGCACCACCAGGGCCUUGCAAAGCAGGGGGUGAUGUCUGUAGAAGUGCCUCCGGGAGCUCCCCAGGAGAGGAGCAGUGCUGUGGUAGACAUGGAAGCACUGGAGGCCGGCGAGCUCAGGACCAGGCUGGUGGAGGUAGAGCAGAGUGUUGUUCAGCUAAGUGAGAGUCUGGCUGAAGAGAGGACCAGGAGGGAAGCAGCCGAGGAAGCUCUGGGACUGGCUGAGGACAGAGCCAAGAGCGUUGACUCCAGUCCAUCCAGGACGACCCAGAGAGACUUCAGCAUCCAGCUGGAUACAGAGGAGGAGUGGGAGGCCCUCAUCCUCAACCCCAACGAACCCCUGGUCACACGCAAGGUGAAAGGCGGGAUGCUGGCCUGCAGGCGCUGGCUUCGGGGGCGGAGCCUGUACUGCUCCAAGCUGCUGUCAUCACGGGCCCGCUCGCGCUACCUCUUCCUUGGCUACCUGCUGAUUCUGCACGUGGCUGUCCUCAUGUGCCUCACCGGCGCCCUCUAGUGCUGUGGGGUGAAAACAAUCACAAGUUGCAGAUAGAAAUAUAAUUUAUAGAUCAGACUGAGGCACGUUUCCUCCAUGACAAAGACGGUUUGUUCUGCACAAUGUUUUUCUAUGUAGUUCACUUGACGCUGGGGUGUUAACAUUGCAGAUACAAAUGUCAUGUGUAGACAAGGCACCAUGGCCCGUUUCCUCCACGACAGAGGAAUGUCUGUUCUACUCCAUUUCGAAGUAGUUAACCAUGUCUUUUUCCCCUGGAAUGUUAUUCCACCUUUCAGAAUAAGCUGCAGGUUGUUGUCUAGUAUCCAGAGUUUUCAUAAGAGUGAGGGCUUUUGGGGUGUGUCUCAAGUCUUGUGGCUUCUUCUCCUCGCCUCCUUCCCUUGGUUCUCACUGGUCUGAAAAGAAAAUGGACAGCUGAUAGUGGGUCCUUUGGUUAGAUCCUACCUUCUUGUUUUCACCCAUUUUUUUGUCAGAUCAGUGCAGACGGAGGCGAGAGGAAGAAGACUGUUAUUGACUAUUAAGACGCAGCCUUUGGAGUGUCUCAGGAGAAAGUGCCGUUUCGAUCCUGUCUGUUAUGUGUUAAAGCCUGAGACGGAACAGAAAGCCAUAUCCAUUCUACAUGAACGCUAGCCUAAGACGUGCGUACGUACGUGUGUGUGUGUGUUUGAAACACAUUUGUGUGCGCAGGUGUGUGUGUUCAUUUGCACGUGUACAAGAAAUAAACACUAGUCCACUGUAACCUCAUUUAGAUUCACCUUGGAGAACAAAGACUGGUGUAAGUCUAAGAUGAUUCAUCAACAACAUGAUGGAACUGCCCCACUCAGACUGAUGCUGAUGUCUGGCAAGACACAGAUACGGUAUUUCAGGAGAGAAGGGUGGAAAAAGCCAAUAGUACUAUUUCUGCAAAGAUGCCUAUGUAAUUGCACUGCUGCUCAACCCUUCUCCCCAAUACCAAACCCACUGUGUGCUCAACCUGGCACGACCAGGCCAUGGCACAAUGUUCCCUUUGGCACCCCCUGGUGUCUCCUGGGUAAUAACUGGGUGAUGGUGGCCUUCACACAAUUCUAAGGUCUAUUCUAUAGCUGCUGCAUUCAAAGCUAUGCACUAAAACUCUCAUCAGGGGGUGUUUUUUCCCUUCUCUCCUUCAGCAAAGAUAUUCAACAUAAUGUAGGGCCAGGAGUUUUAUCUGACCACGUGUCCUGAUAAGGAAAUACUGAUCUGGACCCUAGUAAUAGGAUCUAACUGGCCCCUAGUAAUAGGAUCUAACUGGCCCCUAGUAAUAGGAUCUAACUGGCCCCUAGUAAUAGGAUCUAACUGGCCCCUAGUAAUAGGAUCUAUCUGGAACCUAAAGGUUUUACCUUGUCAGAUCACAUGGUCUGAAGAAUAUCCUCCUACCCCGUUUGUGAGCAUGUACCCUGGUAAGUGUGUAAGUAAGAUGUUGUAUUUAAGGGUGGAGUGUAAAAGGGUGCAAGUGUGCACCCUUGAAAGUCUACUGUGUGUAUUUAUGUAUCUGUAUUUGUUGCUCUGUGCCCCCCAAUGCUCUGUUGUUCACUGUACAUUUCUACUCCAUCUGUUGAUUGAUUACAUGCUGAUUGAAUCACUUUAUUGAUAGUGCAGGGUGGCAAUUCACAAAGCAGGAGACAAUAUGUCAGCCAUCUUACUUUGAGACACUUUGAGAUAUAAUUUGUAUUUCUCUGGUUCGUAUCUCAUCUGUUUCAAGUUUAGCAUGGGACGAACUGAGAGAAUGUCAUACUUCUAACAAGUGUGUUUUACCUCUCUGCACUAGGAAAUAUGAAGCCUGAGUGACAAGCUGUUUGUUUGUGCCAUCAUGCCAACUCUUUCUCACUCAUUGUUAUACCAAACACUUUUGGCUUGACAAUGAGCAAUGGAGUUGGCCAGAACACAAACAGAUUUGGGACCAGGAUAGGAAAUCUGGUGUUUCAGAAUAUUUACGGUAGUUAGCCAGCUGAGCUAAAAACAUUGCUCCUGCUUUGUGGGAUACCACCAUAGAGAAUGAUAGAGGCCUCUAGUGGCCAAAAGGCUGUAUUAGCAUGGGCAGCGCCAUUGAGGGCUUCCACCAUUUUAAUGUAGUCAACUGGGUUGGACUUCCAACUUCAUUGGCUGAUCCCUCCUGGUGACCCUGUUGGAGUCAUGUCCAACCGGGUCAUUAGGAGGGAUCAGCUAAUCGUGAAGAAGAUUGACUACUUCAAUGGCACUGCCCAUGCUGUCAGACGCUGUAAUGGCACAGAUACAAAGAUAAUGGAUACCACCCUGUGGUAUCCAUUAGUGUUGGUGUUGUGGUGCCGUGGUCCUGAUGGUCUGUAUAGAUGAGUCCUCUAUCUAUCUCUAUGGAUACCACCCUGUUCUAACAUUGAUGUUGUGGUACCGUGGUCCUGAUGGUCUGUAUAGAUGAGUCCUCUAUCUAUCUCUAUGGAUACCACCCUGUUCUAACAUUGAUGUUGUGGUACCGUGGUCCUGAUGGUCUGUAUAGAUGAGUCCUCUAUCUAUCUCUAUGGAUACCACCCUGUUCUAACAUUGGUGUUGUGGUACCGUGGUCCUGAUGGUCUGUAUAGAUGAGUCCUCUAUCUAUCUCUAUGGAUACCACCCUGUUCUAACAUUGGUGUUGUGGUACCGUGGUCCUGAUGGUCUGUAUAGAUGAGUCCUCUAUCUAUCUCUAUGGAUACCACCCUGUUCUAACAUUGGUGUUGUGGUACCGUGGUCCUGAUGGUCUGUAUAGAUGAGUCCUCUAUUUAUCUCUAUGGAUACCACCCUGUUCUAACAUUGGUGUUGUGGUCCUGAUGGUCUGUAUAUAUGGUGUGAUUGAGGAAAGGAUGACAAAAUACAUCUAUUUAUAAGAGGAAAUGCUACUGAGUGAAACCGAAAUGUCAUAUUUUCUAUAUAGGCUCUAUUUUUUAGAAGUCAAAUCGUUUGGACAGCAAUACUAUCCUAUCCAGGCAUUAAUGGGUUCAAUACCUUGAGGUUGACUUUCACGAAGAAAGGAAUUUUAAUAAAUCUGUUUGAAAAACACAA